UCGCUCCGUGUCGCCGACCCUUCCGACUUCGCCCAUGUCUGGGAAACGUCAUUGGUUUCCCUCCUGACCAAAGUCUUCCAGCAGCACUGCAUGUCCGACUAUGCAGUAGACGUGCACAACUUCCCAGAAUUGUCGAAUGACUCGGUGCCUCGCGUGAUUUACGUCACCCUGCCUGACAACACGGCCGCCGACGUGGCCCACCAGCUGGAGCAGACCAUCCGCUCAGAGGUGGCGCGCGCCGUGCCGUCCCGGUUCAGCCCGCUUUACCUUCGGUUUCGCAAGGGGAGUCUGCAGCGAUCGACUCAACCGAGCAGUAGCAAGGCAAGCCGCGGCUGGUGGGGAGAGAAGGAGAAGGGCGAACGGGACCACGUGUGCCCGCCGAAAAACGCCAGCUACCAGGCGACUCCUGUCAUGGGCAUGUCCAUCGGCCCCGCGCAUGUUUGUGUGGCUGCGUCGCUAGGCGGCUUCGUCAGGGUCGGCUCCGAGUUGUACGCCAUGAGCGCUUUCCACGCCUUUGAGUCCUCGCUCCAGACUUGCCAUCUGCGGGUAUGCCACCCGGCAGACCCAGACUUGCCAGGGAUUGUGUCCGAAAAUCCCCGCGUGAGACCAUACAGCAUCGGCAACCUCGCCAUGUGGGCGCCUCAGGGCACGCUACGGCCGUCGCUAAUAUUUCAGGGGACCAACCUCCCCGAAGACUCGACCAUGGUGGAGAUGGACUGGUGCUUGAUCGGACCCGCUGCUGAAGGGAGAAAUUUUGUUCCAGUGCCUAGCUUCCAAAUGAACCGCGUCGUUGCAGUUCAGAGCACGGCGGCCGUGGAAGGCAAUACCGAGGUGUAUGCUAUGGCACGCACCAGCGGCUACUCCCUCGGCUUCACGUCCGACACACCCGGCUUGCUGAGGUAUAGCGGUCGCCUGCAGCGGGAGUGGACGGUCCGGCAGUACUCACCUUUCAAGCGCCCCAAGGAAAGCGUGGUGAGCGCGCCAUGGCAGACGCUGAAGCAGUGGGUAACGAGCGGAAUCGGCGUUCCUGGAGACUCGGGCGCUUGGUUGGUGCGGCGCCCCGAUAAUGCACUCAUAGGGUUCAUUUGGGGGCGCAACCACGACUGCGGUAACCCCCUGGAGCGAGUCAGGCUGACAUACUUUACGCCCAUGAUCGACAUUCUGGCCGAUAUAAAGCAGAACCACACGACCGAAGAAGAGGUAGCGCUGCCGGCCUACUCAACGAGGGAUUUGGGACGCGUCCCUGAGGUGCGCCAUCCGCGGGAAGCGGUGCAGCGCGAUAUGUCCCAGGACCCAUGGAGCGUCCUCGGAAGCAGCGCAAUCCAGGAGAAUCGCCGCGUUGAGGCACAUCUGAUCCGGAGCCACUUUGUGGGUGGAGGAGUGCCGGCGUCCGGCACCAUACUCCACUAUCGUCAGGGAAUCGAUGCCCACCAAGCGCCCACUUCGUCUUUCGGCGGAGAGGACUCAACAACCGGUUUGCCGGACCUCAUUGAAAGCGUCGCUGCCGGAGCUGCUGGGCAGACGACUCCUCCACGCAGCGAAGGUGACGGUUCUGUGUCGAGAUUGGGCUCCCAAGGAGAGCUGUUGCUAGGCAUGGGACUCGGCGUCAGCAACGACCCGUCUCUGCCAGAAUUGUCCGCUUCAUCGUCGAUCCGCUCCGGCACCAGUCUGGCCGACGAAACAUGCGAAGAGGCGUCCAGGGAGAAUGGUGUCCGUAUUGCUGAUGAAGGGGACAUAGAGGAUAACGCCACGGCCAUUGUGGACGAGCCAAUCCGUUCUAAAGCGUGCUUUCCACCAGCGUUU